GGUGCGCUCAUUUAGGGCUCGGAUUCGGGAAGGUGGAGUGAGUGCCUAGCUCAGGUUCGAAGGCAGGCGGCGAGAUGAGGCGGGCGCCAGCAUUCCUGAGCGCGGACGAGGUGCAGGACCACCUCCGCAGCUCCAGCCUCCUCAUCCCGCCUUUGGAGACUGCUCUGGCGAACUUCUCCAGAGGUUCGGAUGGAGGGGUCAUGCAGCCCGUGCGCACCGUGGUGCCGGUGGCCAAGCACCGAGGCUUCCUGGGAGUCAUGCCAGCCUACAGUGCAAGUGAGGAUGCACUCACCACCAAGUUAGUCACCUUCUACGAGGGCCACAGCAACACGUCCACCGUCCCCUCCCACCAGGCUUCGGUGCUUCUCUUUGAGCCCAGCAAUGGCUCCCUGCUGGCGGUCAUGGAUGGGAAUGUCAUCACUGCAAAGAGAACAGCUGCUGUGUCUGCCAUCGCCACGAAGUUUUUGAAACCCCGAGACAGCGAGGUGCUGUGCAUCCUUGGGGCUGGGGUCCAGGCAUAUAGUCAUUAUGAGAUCUUCACAGAACAGUUCUCCUUCAAGGAGGUGAGAAUGUGGAACCGCACGAGGGAAAAUGCAGAGAAGUUUGCAAGCACGGUGCAAGGAGAUGUUCGGGUCUGUUCAUCGGUGCAGGAGGCUGUGACGGGUGCUGAUGUCAUCAUCACAGUCACCAUGGCAACAGAGCCCAUUUUAUUUGGUGAAUGGGUGAAGCCGGGAGCUCACAUCAAUGCUGUCGGAGCCAGCAGACCUGACUGGCGAGAACUGGAUGACGGGCUCAUGAAGCAAGCAGUGCUGUAUGUGGACUCCCGGGAGGCCGCACUGAAGGAGUCAGGAGAUGUUCUGUUGUCAGGGGCUGACAUCUUCGCUGAGCUUGGAGAAGUGGUGUCAGGAGCAAAGCCUGCACUCUGUGAGAAGACCACGGUUUUCAAGUCUUUGGGAAUGGCAGUGGAAGACCUGGUGGCAGCCAAGCUAGUGUAUGAUUCUUGGUCAUCUGGCAAGUGAGAGGAAGGAGCUGUGCUGUGCACUGAACAGGACAUCGCAGCUCCAAGGCUGUCUCGUAAUGUCCAGAUCAAAUGAGGAAGCCUGGUCCCUGUGGCCUGCAGUAGUUUCGUUUGUAAGUGCUGACGUCUUCACUCAUGCUUAUAGUUGGGUAGCUCAACCAGGUAGCUCUGUCCUCGGUUACACAGGUGAUGUCAUCACCUGCCCUUGAUCUCACUACCUUUGUACGUCUCUGAAAUAAAGCAUUUCCAGUUC